AUGACUUCUGAGCAUACCAACAGCGUCUCUGAACGCACGCGCCUCCUUUCAUCUGUCCAAAAUGAUGACAGCAAUGACCUCGGCAAUAUCACGCACAAUGGAAAUAGUAGCGACGACGUCAGCAACAUCGAUGACAACAUCAGCGACCAGAUCCGCAUCUCUCGUCGCAUCGCCGUCGCUGUUCUUUGCCUACUUCUGCUCCUGAUCGUGGAAUUUGCUGCAACUCUCCUCACUAUAUCUAUCAGCCAAAUCGAGGAGGGAGUUUUGUGUCGCAGCUUCUAUCCAGACGUCAACAACCCCGCCACAGACCUGCGGUGCAAAAGCGAAAAUGUCCAGUCCGAGUUGUCUACUAUCCAGGGCUGGGGCUUUACGUUUGCUAUUAUUCCCGGCCUCAUCACAGCUGUGCCGUACGGAGUUGCCGCAGACAAGUACGGACGUCGCGUCAUCCUCAGCCUGUCUAUACUAGGUCUUUUGCUGGUCGAAGCUGGAGUCACGAUCAUCUGUCGAUUCCCACACAUCUUCCCGAUUCGAUUAAUAUGGCUCGCCGCCUUGUUCACCCUGAUCGGAGGUGGCACAUUCGUCUUUAAUGCCAUGAUCUUCACUAUUGCCAGCGAUGUUUCAACAGAAGCGCAGCGAUCCACCGUCUUCUUCUACGUCGCCGCCGUCGCUAUAGGAGGCAAAUUAAUCUCUGGGCCACUAGCAUUCAUGGCUGUGCAACAUAGUGUAUGGCUGUCUGUCUAUAUCGGCUUGGUAUGCUUGCUCGCCUGUGUCUUGUUAGCCCUGGCAUUUCCAGAGACGCGGCCACUGAGCGCGGUGGAAACCGAAGAGACCAGAAAUGACGACGAUGGACGAAGUGACACAUCCGCGUCCAGUAAUAUCACCAAGAGUAGGGGGCUGAAGAUGCGCAUCUAUGAUCUAUUGGAGCUUGAAAAAUUGGCGAUCUUGGUCAAGUAUUUCUGGGAAAACAAGCGUCUCGGCCUCCUUCUUCUUAGCCUGAUAUUUACCACGUUGGGCAAUUACGUGACCAUAAUUCUCAUGCAGUACACUACGAAGCGCUUUGGAUGGACCUGGGCAAAGGCUGGCCUGCUGUCGUCCAUCAGCGCCUUUGUGAACCUUGUCCUCCUCGCCGCAAUUCUCCCUGCUCUCAGUCAGGUGCUUCUUUUCAAGUAUAGGCUAUCGCCAGUUGCCAAAGAUGCUUUACUGGCACGAGCAGGCAUGGUGGCUCUUACGAUUGGGGCUUUUGGCAUCGGCUUCUCCAACACAACAGCCAUGCUCAUGACCACCUUAGUGAUCUAUUCCCUCGGCUACGGCUACGAAUCAUCUCUGCGCAGCCUCCUCAUCGCGCUGGCGGGCGAGCAGCACACUGCCAUGCUGUUUGCGGCCAUGAGUGUUUUGCAGAAUAUCGGUAUGCUUAUCGCUGGACCCCUAAUGGCAUGGGCCUUUAGAGUGGGCUUGAGGUGGGGCGGAGCAUGGAUCGGCUUGCCCUUUAUCUCGACGGGAUGUCUCUUGACUUGUGCGACUUGCAUUGUGUUUGGUGUUCGUUUAACAGACUCUACAGCAACAAGGCGAAACAGUAGAUCAUCGCUUUAUCCCGAUUAA